AGUACUACUGUUGGAACCACAACCAAGCCCAUUGAGACAACCACUCCUGAAGGAACAACAGUCGAAGUUGGGACAACAACGGCUCCAAAGACAGUCACCACUGGUCCUACAACAACCUUAACCACAACGGUUGUUGAAACCACUACGUCAGUGCCAGAAAUCACAGUGACCAGCCAAGAAUCCACCGUUGUGACCUCCAAACCUUCUGUGACUACCACAACUACUCAAGCACCUUCAAGUACUACUGUUGGAACCACAACCAAGUCUGUUGAGACAACCACCCCUGAAGGAACAACAGUCCAGGUUGUGACAACAAAACCUCCCAAGAUAGUCACCACUGGUCCGACAACAACCUUAACCACAACUGUUGUUGAAACCACUACGUCAGUGCCAGAAAUCACAGUGACCAGCCAAGAAUCCACUGUUGUGACAUCAACACCUUCUGUGACUACCACAACUACUCAGGCACCUUCAAGUACUACUGUUGGAACCACAACCAAGCCCAUUGAGACAACCACUCCUGAAGGAACAACAGUCCAGGUUGGGACAACAACGGCUCCAAAGACAGUCACCACUGGUCCUACAACAACCUUAACCACAACGGUUGUUGAAACCACUACGUCAGUGCCAGAAAUCACAGUGACCAGCCAAGAAUCCACCGUUGUGACCUCCAAACCUUCUGUGACUACCACAACUACUCAAGCACCUUCAAGUACUACUGUUGGAACCACAACCAAGCCCAUUGAGACAACCACCCAUCAAGGAACAACUGCUAUUGCCCCUAUAACACAGACACUACCAGGCAGUACAACUAUUUACACAACGAGUGCAACCACACAGCCAGCCACAAACACAACAAUCCAGGUUGUGACAACAAAACCUCCCAAGAUAGUCACCACUGGUCCUACAACAACCUUAACCACAACUGUUGUUGAAACCACUACGUCAGUGCCAGAAAUCACAGUGACCAGCCAAGAAUCCACCAUUGUGACAUCAACACCUUCUGUGACUACCACAACUACUCAAGCACCUUCAAGUACUACUGUUGGAACCACAACCAAGUCUGUUGAGACAACCACCCCUGAAGGAACAACAGUCCAGGUUGUGACAACAAAACCUCCCAAGAUAGUCACCACUGGUCCGACAACAACCUUAACCACAACUGUUGUUGAAACCACUACGUCAGUGCCAGAAAUCACAGUGACCAGCCAAGAAUCCACUGUUGUGACAUCAACA